GGGAACCGCCAUGGAAGCGUCACUGCAGCAAUUCUGCGACAAGUGGCAACUGGAUGUUGACGCACAAAACUUCUUAAGGUCGUUGGAGCCGGCCGCAUUGGAGGUUGUCAUCGCGGAUUUUGCCCCGCACGAGGGCACCCAGGACGUUGCGGGAAAACUCUAUUCGUUUGCAAAGGGCAUCUCCCGGCAGCCAAGACAAGAGGGCGUGGAGGCCUUUAUCCAGAAAUGGAAGUUGGACCUCUCGACCGCCAAGUGGGUGCGCGAGCUUCCGCAAGAGGUGAAAGAUGCCUUGGUUCGAGACUUUGAGCCGAAGGAGGACACGCAGAACAUCACUGGCAAACUCAAGGGCUUUGCCAGAUCUAUCUUGAGCAGACAUCAACAUCAUCAACAUGCAGCUAGCCAUGUGCCCAAUGCCCAUGGAGAUCAGAGACUCCAGGAGUUUGUGACUCGUUGGGGCGUUGAGGAGAGCCUGGGAUUCCUCCAAGGAUUGCCAGCCUUGGUCCAGGCAAAGGUCAUUGAGCAGUUUGAUCCCAAGGGUGAUACCAUGAACAUCAAUGGCCGGCUGUGCUCCUUUGCGAGAUCGGUUGCGGAGCGGAUGAAUCUGCCAACCAAUGCGGCGGCAGUCCAACAGCAGCCGCUGGGUAUGAUGCAACCGCAGAUGCAAACGCAGAUGCAACCCAUGAUGCAACCCAUGAUGCAGCCCAUGAUGCAACCCAUGAUGCAGCCCAUGAUGCAGCCCAUGACGAUGGAUCCUCUGAAUGCUUUCUUUAUGACCCAGAUGCCGCAGGCCCAAGUGCCUAUGGCCAUGGCCUGCGGCGGCUGUGGCAUGGCCCCCAUGGCCCCCAUGCAGGGUGCCUUUCAGCCGGCGGCCGAUCCCAUCAGCAGCUUCCGCAGUCGCUGGGCCUUGACGGACCAGUCGCGGCAGUUCCUGAUGCAACUGCCACAGGACGUCCAGAACAUCGUUUUAGCUGAGUUCAGCCCUGCAGCUGGCACGGCCAAUCUGGAUGGCAAGCUUCAAACCUUUGCCCGAAGUGUUUUGGAGCGCUUUCAAGAUGCUCAUCCUCAACAAGGCCAUCCAGUUGUGCACUCCUCCAACCCUCAGGUGGCCGAGUUUGCACGUCGAUGGAGCCUAGAUGAGGAGGCGGUGACUUUUCUAGAGACGCUGCCCGAACAGACGCGACAUACAGUGCUGGCAGAGUUCCAACCGCGCUUGGGCACGCGGAACAUGACGGGAAAGCUGAAAGCCUUCGCCAGCACCGUGAUGGGAGCGCAGGGGUAUCAAAACAGUCGACCGCCUGAUGGAGCAGGAGCUGCUGGUGGAUCUGGUGGAUCUUUGGACCUUGGGGAAUUGGCAUUUCUGCAGAAGUGGGGCAUUGAGAACAAUCUCAUGGUGAAGGAGACGCUGUGCACCCUGACGCCCGACCAGCGCUUGAGGGUUUUGAGAGAUUUCGAACCAGCAACGGACACCAUGGAUGUGGCUGCGAAGCUGUGCAGCUUCGCGAAGUCCGUGGCGCGGGGGAAGGGCAGCGGCAAGGGUCCUGGCGGCAUGCCUGUCUUCAAGCGUCCCGCGGAGGGUGACCUCGGGCCAGAUCCCUUGCGUCCGCGGCUGGCGUAGG